UGUAAUUGCUAAUUGGGCUGUUCCUUGUAGGCCUUACGGCGAAGUAAUCAAUCGAUUUCACCUAUUCGGCCGCCGGCAAUUGCCAGUUUUGGCAAAAGGAGAUGACUUUCUGCUUACUCUUGAAUCUCCCGUUUCGUUCCUAUACCUCCGAGAUUCGGUCUCUCUGCAAUAAUUGCGUUAGCAAUAAUUCCCCUCUUCUCUGUCUCACUAAUCCGUCUUCUCUCCAACUCCAACCUUCGCGAGUCUCACCUCAAACUAAAGCGACUUCGGCAGCAAUGGAGGCUCAGCAAAGUACCACAAAAAGCGGCUCAUCCCCACCGAUGAAGCUUCUGUUUGUGGAGAUGGGCGUUGGUUACGAUCAACAUGGGCAAGACAUUACGGCUGCGGCUAUGCGGGCAUGCAGGGAUGCCAUCUCUUCCAACUCGAUUCCGGCCUUCCGAAGAGGGUCCAUACCAGGUGUUGCAUCCGAUCAGAUGAAACUACAGAUCAAGCUGGGAGUCCCUCAUUCUCUCCAGGAGUCCUUGGAUAUUGAGAGGGUCAAGUCCGUUUUUCCUUAUGGGAAAAUUGUCAAGGUUGAAGUUGUGGAUGGUGGACUUAUUUGCUCAAGUGGCGUUCUUGUGGAAGAAAUGGGAGACAAGAAUGAUGACUGCUACAUAGUGAAUGCUGCAGUAUAUGUUGGCUACUAGUUUCUUGUUUCCUCUGUUCUGUCCUCCAAUUGUUCGAAGGUCAGCUCUCACUUUUCAUUACCCAUUGUGUUGUGCAAUAUCUUUUUGUUAAUCCCAAUGAAUGGACUUUGUGUCUUUGCGUAAUGCAUAACAAACAAACGUUCAAAUAAAUGAAUUCCCAUUUUGUCA